AUGGCUUCAACCACCUCCGCCUUGUCGCGAUACCGCCCCGUCGUGCUGGCCCUCGCCGGAGCUGCCGCCGCCUUCUCCGCCUACCUCGUCUGGUCCACCCUCACCGCCGAGCCCGCCCAGGGCCUCCAACGCAGCAACGCCGUCCAUCGUCGCCGCAAUCCGCGACGCCGCACCCGCUCCCACCACGACGAUGCCGACGCCGAUGCCCGCACCGACGCUACCGAUUCCGCACCCCCCUACGGCGUCUUCGUCGUUGAGGACGCCGACAACCAUGGGCAUCGCCACCGCUUCCCGCUCUUCCCGGGAAGGCUGCCUGACGUUGAUUGGUUCCGACGCGUCUGCCACCAUGAGCAGUGGAUGGCCGAGGAGCUGGCUGAAGAGGCCCAGCGCCAGUUCCUGGACAAUUAUCUGGAGCGCGAAUUCGAUGCCUCCAACCACCUCUCGAGGCGCCACGAAUCCGAUCGUAUCUACCGUCGCCUCCUCACCUGGGGUCUCCCACGCGCUCAGAUCACGGCUGCCUUCGGAAGACUCUACCGCAGGAUCGCUGAUACCGCCCAGACCGACGGCACACAGGACCUAGCCAUUGCUGCCAAUGACGAUGAGACCGAGGCCGCCUCAUGGCACGAGGCUGAGUCGCAAGGUGGCGCCAUGGCAGUCAACGACCAGAACGGCGACGGCCACGCUCUCCGGAGGACACUGUACUACAUUGCCGAAGAUCAGGCGCGACAGAAGGGCAUUGUCCAUCGCGGAAUCACUUGCGAUGGCUGCAGCACCACGCCCAUUCGGGGCAUCCGUUGGCGCUGCACCAACUGUAUAGACUACGACCUGUGCUCCGAUUGCGAAGCUACCAACAUCCAUCCCAAGACACACAUGUUCCAGAAGGUCAAGGUCCCUGCCAGGUACCUGGGAUACACUCGCAAUCCCAUGCCAGUGUAUUUCCCAGGCAAUCCAGGCUAUAUGCCGUCCAUUGUGCCCAACGCCGUGAGGAAAAGCCUGGAGGAACAGACGCAGUACGAGCCCGAAGAGAUCGAUGGCCUUUGGGAGCAAUUCACCUGUCUUGCCAACGUCCAAUGGGACGAGGAUCCGGAAAAACUGGGCGCAGCCAUCGAUAGGCGCGCUUUUGACAAAUCUUUCGUGCCCAGGUAUACUGCAAACAUCCCCGCUCCCAAUCUUGUCUACGACCGUGUUUUUGCCUUCUUCGACAGCAACGGGGACGGCUUGAUUGGUUUCAAGGAAUUCGUCCUCGGCAUGAACUUCAUCCGCAUGAGUCCACACAGCCGCGCGAAACUACACAAGAUCUUUGAAUGCUACGACAUCGACGGCGACGGCUAUGUGACCAGAAAGGAUUUCCUGCGCAUCUUCCGCGCGUAUUACAACAUCCUCCGUGAGAAAACCAGGGACAUGCUGAUGGUUGCUGAAGAGCAUCUCAGUGUAGCUGGCGCUAUGGACACAAUCGAGUCGAGCCAGCCUUUGAGCUCUGCUUUCCUUGGCGGACCAAACUUCAACAGGCAGAGACCCAAUGCAGCGCUACAAAAAACGUUUGAUCGCUUCGGAGAUCCCCAAUCCGAGGAUGACGAGGUUGUACGGGAGGAUAGUCGCGACAUCGAAGACCGUUCACAGCUCAUCGCAGACUCUGGAGAACUUCGCCUGGGCACCGCUCGUAGACCCGCGGCUGCACUCAUCGGACACGCUCGCCAUGAAGCUGUCGCGGAUCGAUGGAGACGGAGAGAGUUCUAUGUCGAUGAAGAGGAAGGUCUCACUGCGCCAGACAGGUCGGAAUACGACCACGCGGAUGACUCCGACGACUUGUCCGCAGCUAUUGGCGGCCAAGCCGAUGCACCCACUGACGUCUAUGUCCGACCCUCACAUUCCCGUUCAUCCUCGCGUGUCCGCUUUGCCGACGAUCUUGAGUCUGAUGCUCGUUCUGAUAUCUCUGCAUCCUCGCGGCCCGUAGGAGAGCGGUGGGGCGGUUACCAAAUUCCAGAGGCCGAAGAGGACCUUGGAAAGGAUAUUCUCUAUCAGGUCACCCAACAGGGCUGCAACGAAAUGCUCGAUCCCAUCUUCAAGCGGAAAGAGGACAUUGCUAUGGAAGUGCAAGCAACCAAGUCCGAGCGCCAGAUGUGGCGCCAGAAGAUCAGUGCCUUCAUCAAGGACAUGGAGGAGAAAACCGGCGCAGACUUCAAGAACGACCCGCUCGUCAGAUCUCCCGAGGCCGAAGAGCUCAUGAGAGUCUCCCUUCAAUUUGUUGCAUUGGUUACCGGCCGGAGCUGGAAGACGUACCAAACCCUGAAGAACAAGGGUUUCAUUCCCAAUGAAGACAUUGACGCUCUCGACGGUUUCGUGGAGGAGGUCUUUCAACCUUUCGAACGGGAUCUACGACAAGCAGAAAAUAACGGCAUUUCUAACGAAGCAUACAAGAGUUUCAUUUCCUCCGCUAGGUCCCUGAUCGCAAAGGCUGCAAGGCGUAUUUCGGAGACGAAGAAUGAAUCGGGAACAGCGACAGAUACCCAGAAACGAGAGGCGAGGCUCGAAGUGGACUUGGUCGACAUGCAAUUGGACGAGCUAUUUGAGAGGUCGAAUCUAUUGGAGGGCGAUCGCGAGAGGGCAAGGCGGUCGGAAGAGCCAGGUAGGGAAGUUGGAGGGGAUGCAAACAACACCAACGGGGGCGACGGUAACGAGGACCCUGAAGUAAGGUGGCUUGAGCUUGUGAUGCGCCCCUCUGACGCCAGGACAUCGGGGCAGAGAAGAGAGCAGCCUAGCGCACGCAGUCAAAGAGCAGCAUCGCCGCCUAGGGAUAUAACUAUGCCACAAUUCCGCCCAAACAGCAUCCCGAGCAACCCUGCGCAAACUGGUUUCCUGCCCAUGCCGAACCUCAAUCUUCCUACCAAUACCACUGCGCCACCGGAGAGGCCGGAGACGCCUGAAAUCAUUCCUCCAGCUCCUCCAGUAGACCAAGCAGAGCCCCUCAACGACCCUACCAUGCCCCAAUUCCGGCCCAACAGCGAGCGCGACAUUCACCCGCCCAGAGCCUCAUCACUGAAUCCACCGCCGGCGCCCGUUUCUCAAGGAAACGCAGUCCCAACUAGCCGCCAGGCCUCGCCCGCUCCAGCGCCCAGCCAUGCGAACGAACCAACCCUCUUCAUCCCAAUCUCAUCCGAGGCAUCCACUUCGGAAAGUGGCUCAGAGGACACGCCCAGCUCCGGAGAAUCCACAUCGGCCGAGGAAGACGAAGACGAGGACGAGGACGAUGACGAUGACGACGACGACGACGACGAGGACGAUGAUGACGAGGACAUGGCCGCCGAGAUCCGCAUGCGGCCCAGCGACAUCCGCGACCUGCCCGAGGAGUUUCUGUCGCUCGUCAGCACGGCGAUCCGCGAGCAGCGCGUGCGCGACGCCAUCAACCACUCAUCGGCAGCGGCACGCGUGCCCAACGUGCACUUGCUCAACGCGUACGCGCGUCAAGACGACCACAGCGAGGCGCCCGACGAGCGCCGGAUGGCCCGGUUGGCCAUGUUGGACGGUGCGGAGAGCGAGAUCAAGAAGGUGGGAAGGGGCCGGAUCGGGUUCGAGGAGUUUGCGGAGAUGAUGCAGGGGCCGGCCGGUGGUGCGUUGGCCUUUGUUGAGGGGUGGCUGGAGUUGGGGAGUUUGUGA